UAGAGGCAAGGUGUAUCUUUAAAAAAGGACCCGGAUUCAAAGGUGUUUUAUAGUUUUAGUUACAAGGAUCAGAAAACGGUUCAACCUUCAGAAGAAAGAUCAACAAAAUGUCCAACAAGGUACCGAGUUCUUACAGCGACUAUUUAGGGCUCCAUGGGUUAUUGGAUUCUUUAUCGAUGACGUCAGCAGUCCACGAUGAACAUCUUUUCAUCAUAACACAUCAAGCCUAUGAAUUGUGGUUUAAACAGAUAUUGUUUGAAAUUGAUUCAGUAAGAGAUGUCUUCAGAGCACCGCUUCUAGAUGAAAGUAAGACAUUGUUAAUAGUUAACAGAUUAAACCGAGUCGUCCUCAUUUUAAAGUUAUUGGUGGACCAGAUUAAUAUACUAGAGACAAUGACACCAUUAGAUUUCUUGGAGUUCAGAACUGGUCUAGCAACAGCUUCGGGUUUCCAAAGUUUACAAUUCCGACUUUUUGAAAAUAAAAUGGGUGUAAAAGAGGAUCACAGAGUAAAAUAUAACCAACAACAUUAUAUCAGAGUUUUUAAUGAUCCGAAAUCUAUCGCUCAACUUAAAGACUCGAUCGAUUCGCCAUCUUUACUGACUCUUGUCGAGCGAUGGUUAGAAAGAACACCGGGUUUAAACGAAGAUGACGGUUUUAAUUUCUGGGAUAUUUUUCAACAAGUUGUUAAAAGAUGGCAAGAUGAUUCUUACCUUUAUCCUGCUCAGACGGAAGACGAUGAAGAUAUUAAAGAGAGUCAUUUAGCAGAUUAUCAUAAAUCUAGGGAAACGUUCGAGUCUCUGUUUGAUGUGGAAAAGUAUAACUCACAACGAGAACGAGGUGAAAGACGAUUGAGUCACCUGGCGUUUCAAGGAGCUCUGUUGAUAUCUCUGUACAGAGAGGAGCCGAGAUUUAAUCAGCCGUUUCAGAUUCUCACCUUAUUGAUGGACAUUGAUUCACUCAUCACGAAAUGGAGAUAUAACCAUGUGUUGAUGGUUCAGAGAAUGAUAGGAAGUAAGGUUGGUACUGGGGGAUCGUCUGGAUAUCAGUAUCUUAGAGCUACAAUCAGUGACAGGUAUAAAGUAUUUCUAGAUUUAUUCAACCUAUCCACCUAUAUCAUACCCCGAGCCUAUAUACCUCCAAUGACCAACAGAAUGAAGCGACGACUCAGCGUUCUGUCUACAGAGGAUCUUUUAAAAAUGAAACAACGAAAUGGAUCGAAAUCAGAUUUAAUCAAUGGUGUUCGAGAUCGUUUGUCUCUAAACGAAGAUGACGGCGAGGACGAAGAAGAAAAGAAAACUGGACCAGUGAAAUUUGAAAUAUAAAAUUCAAAAAAUCUGAAUUGACGACAAAAUGAAUAAAUCGACUUAUAUGGGACUUUGGUCGAGGUUUUGAUUAACGGAAUAGAAAUGCUUGUACGGAUUUUUAUUGUAAUUAAAUUUUGAGUUUGAUGUCAUACUGUCUCAUUGUAAAUAAAUACACAGUCUGAUUAAAAGUCGACCAAAUUUUUGUUUUUUUUUCUAUUAGCUUUUACUUUCAUGCAUCCAAUAAAGUUAGUUCUAACGAC